ACCCCGACAACACCUGAUCACUUCCAUUAAUGCACCACAGUCUAUUCCAAGCUUUAUAUUUCAAACUACAAGUACUUCACCAGGUAUACACAUGUAAGCACUUGAUUUGGGACGUCUUGCGUUAACUUUCGAAAUGCUUCGCUACGUUUCGGACAGUGGAGGGACACCAAGAAACCUCAGUGACCAGUCCACACAAAAUUUUCGAAUCGGCCAAAUGGAGAAAAUGGCCGAGCCGAAAGAGGAAACACAACAUCUUGUCGAAUCGGAGACGCAGCCGGUUUGCUACACUGAUGAAAAGGAUGAAGAAGACUCGGAUGGAAAAUCACAAAACAAAAGCGGAAUAUUUGGUGUUUCGUUCAACAUCUGUAACGCUACCAUUGGCAACGGUCUCGUCGCCACGCCAUUCGCAAUCGCCAAAUGUGGCAUCUUACUUGGAACAGCCUUACUCAUCCUCGUUGCAUUAGUCGCAGAUUAUGCAUUAAGAAUAAUAAUCAAGGCGGGAAACUUUGGGGGUGCCCAUUCUUAUCAAGAAUUAAUGCACAAGGCCUUUGGGAAGAAGGGUUUCUAUCUGAUAACUGUGAUGCAGUUCUUUUUUUCCUAUCUAUCAUUGAUAAGUUACCUUAUUCUGAUCGGUGACACACUAGCUGGCCUCAUCGCGGGAUUUACUGCCUGUGCAACUCUGAACACUAUCCUUAACGACCAUCGAUUCCUGAUCUUCUUAGCGGCAUUCUUGGUCAUCUUUCCUCUCUCCCUGAUCAGGGACGUCUCAAGAUAUUCCAAAGUAUCUUGUAUCUCGAUAUUCAUGAUCCUGGCAAUGACGACCGUUGUCCUCUUCAACAUGGCUCAUACUUACCAGGAGAAUGAAAUCCCUGUCAAAUCGACUGACUGGCCAUUGUUUAGUUGGGAGUUCCCCAAUGGAGUCAGUAUUAUUGCCGUUUUAUAUGCUUGCCACCACAUGUCGUUCAUGAUGUAUGACUCGCUCAGAGACAAGACCGAAAAGACCUGGGCCAAGGCGGUCCACCUCAGCAUGGCUGCCAUGCUGGUCAUCAUUCUGGCCUUCAGCAUUGGAGGAUAUGCAACUUACAGGCAGUUUACACAAGCUGAUUUCUCACAAAAUUUCUGUAUCGCAGAGAUUGUGUCUGGCAUUUUUCGGAUUGCACUGACAAUCACAUUGAUGUUCAUCUACCCCUUGGACUGUUUUGUGGUCAAGACGGUUAUUGAAGAAAGUGUGUUUCGUAACCACCAGCCUCAGCCAUUUUGGAGAAAUGUCAUCAUUGUGAUUCUAAUUCUGACCAGUACUGCUGCAAUUGCCAUGUUUACAUCAUGUGUGGACAUUGUCUUGGAGCUAAAUGGUAUCAUCAACGCUCUACCAGUUGUGUUCAUCCUCCCUCCUCUCUGCCUGAUCAAACUCCGCCCAGAACCUCUGAAGUGCAUACAGAACAUUGUCCCAGUCCUGACAUCUCUACUUGGGUUCAUUUUCUUCGUUUUGGGCACAUUCCAGGUUGUAUUGCAUUUUAUUCAUGGGCUGGACUGUGAAAAUGCUCAAUCAUGGCCAUACUGUCCUGCUGGACCAUGUGACAACUAUACCUCAACGACUGGACCUUCACAUCAUUUCAUGGACUCAACAACUCCAAUGAUACUUUGAGUUAAGAGAAUUUCUUGUCAACGAAUAAAGGGGACUGGUAUUAGUACAACGGAGAAUGUCACACCAUUCAACCAGGCCCUUUUAAUUUAGAAAACAUUCAAAAGAUUGCCCAAAAAACCUACCGAAUCUAGAAGAAACUCAAAGAAAUUGAGCUGGGGAUGAUUUUAGAGUUGCACAGUGGUGCUACUGGGACAGUUUGAGCUCCUUUUGCAAUAUAAUGGUGUGUGAAAUCACCAAAUUUCAUUGGAAGUAACCUAUGACGUAAAUGACGAUAACAGGCCUUCAAGCAUUGCUAACUCUCUAACAGAAUGAACUCAAGGUAUAGGUUAGUCAUUUAGUUGCGGUGAAUCUUCUUGUUGGUAAAAAAUAAGUGUAAGCUGUGAUAUUGAAAUUGUACAUAUAAAACAAAAUUGUCUUAUGCUUUGUUACAAAUUAACAUUAUUUGGUUCUACUAUCAGAUUAUGAAGGAAUUAAGUCUUUUGCAAAAAACUUGCUGCUAUUGAGUUUGACAAUGUAUCUCUGUAAAUUGUACAGCUGCAUAUAUGAAUGAUACUGCAUGUAUCAACAAUUUGAUUAUAUUUAUGUUUAAAGUGCACUAUGAUAUAAGAAUGCCAUCUAUGUAAAUAUUGUAAUUAGGUUCUGCACUCAAUGCAUGAAUUAUAUCAUGAAUAAAUUUGGUAUUCUCAAA